ACGAUAUUAGCCUUGGGUCGCUUGUUGUUGCAUUUCCAUGCGCUCUACGUUGAAAGAAACUAUCAGUAUUAUUCACAUGUUCUGCAAUUUAAUAGGAAAAUACAUAAAAAAAAAAUCGCUGUACAAUAAUAAUAAAGCGUGGAUACGAGUGAUAAGCAAGCAGUAGCAUAAAAAUUAGCCAAUUUAUCGGGUCCCCUUAUCGCGGUUUGCUUUCACACUUAAAACAUUGGACUAUUUACUAUGACUAUGUCAUAUUAGAUAUUAGAGUGUGAACAUUACAACAGCAGCACUGAAAUUGGGAGAGACGAAAUGGUAGAUGCGGUGGAAGUAAACGCCGUCCCCAAAUACGGGUUGAAGCUCAAAUUGAAUAACGUUUUCCCGGAGAAUAGGUGCCAGGAGAGGAUUCCCACGUUCAGGCAGUUUCUGCAGCUCAUAUUCCUCAGCAUCCGAUAUAUCCUGUAUUAUAUCAAGCUGAAAUGGCAAGGGCGAAAACCGAUAAUGGAUUUUUUAUCCAUGCAGAGGUCAAAGCAAAUGUACGGUGUACCAAUUGGAGGAAUUGGCUGUGGGACAAUCGGAAGGGGAUACAAGGGUGAAUUCUGUAGGUUCCAGCUGAGGCCUGGUUUGUAUGAGUAUGAAACAGUGGAUGCAAAUCAGUUCAUUGUUACAAUCAAGGAUCAGAAGCAGAAUACAGUUUUUCAAAGUGUCUUAUCCACCUAUGAGAAAAAGUCACAAAGAUUGAGUAGUUGGAAAUGGCUGAUAGAUGGUUCAAAAUGCAAUUAUACAGGGCUGUAUCCAAGAUCAUGGACUGAGUAUGAUCUGUCACAGUAUGGAAUCAAAUUGGUGUGCAGACAAGUCAGUCCAGUGAUUCCACACAAUUAUAAGGAUACGUCAAUUCCAGCAGCCGUUUUCGUGUGGACCAUUGAUAAUGUUUCUGAGGAGGAACUGAACGUAACCAUAACAUUCACUUUCAAGAACGGCAUAGGAAACCGUAAAAUUGAUAAUAAAGCUGCCUGCAGUUCCAAACCAUUCUCCUAUUUCGAUUCCGAAGGCGUUGUGCUUUACCACCAAAUCGAAAAGACCAGCUGCUCUUACGCGUUAGCAGCGAAGGUCCGCGAUGAUCAGAACAUCUCGAAGUGCGUCCAUUUCAAUCCCAAUUCCAGUGGGUCCGGUCCAUGGAAUCAGCUUUACAAGAACGGAAAAUUCGAUAAAGUUUCCGACAAGAAAUUCGACAAUUAUUUCGGUGAAAUGGCUGUCGGCGUUGCAGUGCAGACGACCGUUAAACCGAAGAACGUUAAGGAGAUGGAAUUCUCUUUGGUAUGGGAUAUGUCUGUGGUUUCUUACUUUUAUAAGAAGCAAAAAUAUACCAAGUAUUAUACCAAGUUCUUUGGGAUGGAUGGUACUCUGAAAAUGGUAGAGUACGCCUUCAAGAAUUAUAAGAAUUGGGAACAAGAGAUUUAUAAAUGGCAAGAGCCCAUUUUAAGUGAUGCAGGUCUGCCCGAUUGGUAUAAAGCUGCUUUAUUCAAUGGAACAUACUAUGUGUCUGAUGGAGGAAGCGCUUGGUACAUUUUGGACGAUUCCGAAGCCUCUAAAUUAGCCAAGCACGAUCCAAGAUUGGAAUAUGGAAGAUAUGCUUAUCUGGAAGGACACGAAUACAGGAUGUACAACACUUACGACGUGCAUUUCUACGCUUCUUACGCACUAAGCAUGAAUUGGCCGAUGCUUCAGCAAACUAUCCAAUAUGAUAUCAAGGAUUCUAUUUUCAGGGAGAUUUCUGAUAACAUUCAAGAACUUUUCAACGGCCACAUGUGCAAACGUAAAGUCAAGGAUAGCGUUCCGCACGAUCUAGGUGAUCCGGACGAAGAACCUUUUCUGCUGAUUAACGCCUAUCCGGUGCACGAUGUGAGUCAGUGGCGCGAUUUGAACACCAAGUUUGUUCUGCAGGUGUUUAGGGAUUACAACGUAUCUACGAAUAUCAACAAGAAACAGUAUCUGGAAGAUAUGUAUUUAGCAAUGAACACUGUGAUGAAGAAGUCGCUGCAAUUCGACACCGACGGCGACGGAUUAAUAGAGAAUAUGGGUAUUCCCGAUCAGACCUACGAUACUUGGGUGAUGACCGGUCCAAGCGCUUACUGCGGAGGUUUGUGGUUGGCCGCUAUGUAUGCGAUGUCCGUUAUGGCUGAUAUAUUAGGCAAGGAUGAGGAUAAGGUGAAUUACGAGAAGAUUUUGAAGUUGGGAAAGAAAUCGUUUGAGGAAAAGCUGUGGAACGGAAAAUUCUACAAUUUCGAUAUUAAAAAUAAGGAUGUUAUAAUGGCGGAUCAGUUGUGCGGGCACUGGUAUCUGAGGUCCAGCGGCCACAAAUACGAGGUAUUCCCACAGGAGAACGUGCUGAGCGCGUUGAAAACCAUAUUCAAUAACAAUGUGAUGUCUUUUAAAAAUGGUAAUAUGGGAGCUGUCAAUGGAUUCAAGACCAACGGAACCGUCGAUCAGUUCACCAUCCAAAGUGAAGAGAUUUGGACUGGAGUGGUUUACGGUUUAGCGGCGAAUAUGAUUCAAGAGGGUUUGGUCGAGGAGGCGUUCAAGACCACCGAGGGUAUGUACCACACUCUGGCUUACCGUUUAGGGAUGUCCUUCGAAACGCCGGAGGCUCUGUACGAAGAAAAGUAUUACAGAUCUAUUGGUUACAUGAGACCGCUGAGCGUUUGGGCCAUGCAGCUGGCUUGGGAGGAGCGCAAGGGUGGCAAAUAGUUGGAAUGAAGCCAGUAUUAUUUUAGUACAAUUUAAUUUAACUUAACAUGUAUUAUUAUUAUAUAUAG